UUCACAUCGAUCGAAAUCUAACUUCUAGCUAACAGGUAACAGCUAGUUACAGUACUACGCUCGUCAGCGAUCCACUGACGAUGAGGGAGCUGAUUCGACGUCUCAGCCUUUCGGACCGGGUGAGCGACAGCAACAACGGCGGCGUACCGCGCGGGUGCGUGCCAGUGCUGGUGGUUGGCAUCGGCAACGAGGAAUGCGAGCGGUUUGUCGUGCGGGUGGAGGCGCUGCGGCACCCUUUGCUGGCGGAGCUGCUGGAGAUGGCGGCACAGGAGUUUGGGUACAAGCAGGAGGGCAUCCUCCGCGUGCCCUGCGCCGUCCACCAGUUCAGGAAGGCCCUCACCACCGCUGCCGUCUCCAAGAACUACUGAUUAGUACUAAUUAAUUGUCUACUUGAUCCAUCGGUGGACUUCUUCGGGUAAUUAAGGAGCGAUCUGUUUGAGAUCAAAUGAUUGAACUGUUAUUGAUCGACAGUUACA